UGACAACAUUUCCAGCAUUAAUAUCAGUUUCAUCAGGGCCACCAGUGGCAGUGACGACUUCAACGAAAGUACUCGUAACACCAGUAGUAUCCGUAGCACUUAUAGUUUUUGUAGUGCUUCGCUUGUAGCGCUCGUAGCGCUCGCAGUGACUGUAGAGCUUGUAGUGGUCGUAGUGUUUGUACCUCCUUGUAGACAUUUCUUAUCAGGUGCACAGCAUAAAUUAUCAGGACCACAAGUUUCAUUACUAGAACAGCAACCGUCACCGCAAGGUAUAUCAGAAGGGAGGCAAGGAUGGAUGCAUUUGUUGUCGGAGGUGCAAGUUGUACCCAAGGGACAACAACUUAAUCCUGAAGGGCAUGGAAAUUGUCCGAUAACGCAACCUAUUAAGCUUGCGUUUGUGGAUGAUUCUA